GUGGUCUAGUCCAAGUCGUGACCUGAAUCCUCUUGAGAUGCCGUGGCAUGACCUUCAAAAGGAAAAGCUCCAAUGUGGCUGAAUGACAACAAUUCUGCUAAAUUCCUGCGUAAACGCCUAAAAUAUUCACCACUAGAAUGCCCUUGAGGGGAACGACUCGCUCUUCAUCUGCAUCAGGAAGGUUGGAAACCCAAAAGGUUGCCAGCUUUCUCUCCAAGUUACAGUGCUCAGGCUGCUCAGGCAACGAGGAUAAGGGGGAGCAACCUGGAUGGUUUGUGCAAGAGCAGCUCAGGCGGAACGGGCGAAGACGCUCGGUCUCCAGGGCGCAACACCGAGCCAUCGAUCCCACUCUCAGCUUCAAGCACUCGGAUGAGGUCAACUGCCUGACUGAUGAAAGCUUAUCGCUUGAUUGCCUCCAAAAGAUGAAACUGGCAUUUGAGGAACUGGGAAAAGACAGCUUGAAGUCCGUUGACGUGAAGAGUUUUAUCCGCGUGGUGAAGAAAUGUUUGCCAGCCACGGAUGAGGUGUUGAUUGAAAGGUUAUUUAAGAAGAUUGAUUUCUCAGGGAAAGGAAGGAUCUCAUGGAGCAGCUUCAGUGCACACAUGCUGCAGGAGUACAAGGAAAAAGAGGAGCGAGCAAGAUGCAGCACGCGUGUCGUCUUUGCGCUGCCGGCCACCGUGAGGACUAGACGCCAUGCCGCCAGCCCCGUGGUCAAUAUCCACAACAGCCGCGACGGCGUUGUCAUGACGGUGCAAGAAGAUGGAGCUGUUUCCUGCUGGAGUCCACAACUUCAGCUUCUGAGGACCAAACACAUGUUUGUACGUUUUAACUUUGAAACAACCAGGAAGUGGGCAAGUGACUUCACCCUCAUGGCGGACUACAACAAGCUGAUCAUUGGCACAGGCGACAGAGAAAUGCAACUUUACGAGCUGUCCACGCUGGAACCUUACUGCCAAAUCAAUGCCCUGGACACGGUCCCGCUGAGGCUGGACUGCAGCCACACAGGCCCUGACCAAUGCUGCUUCAUUUAUGGGGACAUCCAGGGAUGUGUCAAUAUCAUUUUGAUAUCCGCUGUUGAAGACACCCUCAGGUUAUGGAAUACAUCUCCAAAGACUGGAAGGAUGCCCAACGUAGCGAUUGACGCCGCAGCCCUCUCACCAAACGUGAAGUUUGUGCGAUGGAAGGUUCAUCAGGACUGGGUGACGCAGGUCAAAUAUCUUCCCAGUUUGAGAGCUGUCGUCACGUCAUCAGGCGAAGAGGCCUCGUCUCUUGUAAUAGGCUGCUUGCUGCCUCAAACUGACGUCCAGCAGGAACUCGGCAAAAUCCGAGAGGCUUGCUAUGAAGGAAAGACCACGAAGGUCCAACUGAGCUGGGCGCCACAGCUCCGGGCAUCAUGUGACCAGACGGUGUUUGCUGUUCACAAAGGCGUGGAGACCUUUGACUUUUGCGAGAAGCUCAGCCUGCUGGUUACUGGAGGAAUGGACAGACUCAUACGCAUGUGGAAUCCUCAUUCUUCUGGGAAGCCGACUGGAAUUCUGAAAGGUCACGGCGCUCCUGUCGCCUACCUACGCACCUCAGCGGAAGAAAGUCAAAUCUUCUCGGUUUCUGUCGACAACACAGCCAAAAUCUGGGCCAUCCAGGAGCAGUACUGUCUGUUUACAACAGAACCCAAAGAGAGCGGCAUCCACGGUGACAUAACUGCUUGCUUGUAUUUCUCCGCUGCAAAGUCACUGUACAUUGCAGCGGACUCCGUGGCUGCGCUCGCACUGGAGAACAGGCCGCAGCAUUCCAGCGUUCCACCUGUUUCACACAUCGAUCCAGUCACGUGCUGCGGGCACAGCGAGGAAUUCCAUCAGGUUGUCAGCUGCUCUGAGGGAUCGUUGGUGAGAGUUUGGGAUUUUGACAGCGGACGUGAGGUUUUUGUGUUUGGCAGCGCACACAAGCUGUCCACGAUCACUUGCAUGACAUUUGAAGAAGAAGAAGAAGCAUCACAACUCAUCACAGGUGGAAGCGAUGGUCAGCUGAAGAUGUGGAACUUCAACAACGGCUGCUGCUUGAAGACCCUCGUGAGCAGUGGCAAGUGUUCCCAGGUGCGUGACUGCAUCUACUUCAACGUUCACAAGAAUCCCUUCGUGAUCUCAGUGGACCAAAACGCAUUCUUGAACAUCCACCCAGAUUUACCAGAGGAGCCGCAUGACGUUCACGAGCCACAGUCUUCAUGGCAGGAUGACAUGAAAAGAGGCCAUAAAGAGGACGUCCUCUGCGUGGCACUUUGUCCUCUGUCCCUCGUGGCCGCUGGCAGCUGGAACUGAGAGAUUACAGUGUGGAAUUUGAUUUCUGGACAAAUCCACAGUCGCUUGGUCAGCCCUCUUCCAGCUGAACACCACAACAUUGAAGGCUGCAUAAAUCUGCGGGAAAUGCAUGGAGGGGGGGAGCUCGUGAGCUGCUUCAAGGCUUGGGAACUGCGUGAGGGGGCUCGCCCCACUGGAAGGCCGCAGCUCCGGUUCAAAGACGUCUGCAAGCGUGACAUGAAGCAGGCCGGCAUCGACCCCAACUCGUGGGAAGGCACAGCACACAAUCGUCUGCUCUGGAGGGCUGCAGUCACCGACGGAGUCAAGAGGUCUAAACGCCAACAAAAGGGGACAAAAAUGGCCAAAACAAAGAAGGACGCGGUGCUGGAUGGCAUGGGGUACGUCUACAUUUACCACAUGGAGACGUUAUCUGAUAGCCCUUCCCCAAAGCCGCUGAAAGCUGGACCCGUGUGGCGUGCCCACCCCAGCAGAAUUACAGGCCUGGAGAUUGUCGACAACGAUCAAGUGGUCCUCACCUCCUCUGUUGACCUCACAGUGCGCCUCUGGGGGGCACAGGGACAAUUGAUAGGCACCUUUGGCCAAUCGGAUGUCUGGAAUGUCCACAUCACAUCUUCCUGGAAGAAUCCCGCUGUUCCUUACGAGAUCUUGACUGAUCCUCUCAGUGUGCCAGACUGUGAACUCGUCCAUGGAGCAACAUCUGAUCAUCAUUCGCCACCAUGGUGA